AAGAUGGCCAAGAUGCUGUUGCUGCUUUCUGCACUUCUGGGUCUCUUCUCUGCGGCCAAGGGACAAACGUUCCAUCUUGGGAAAUGCCCGACUCCUCCGGUGCAGGAAUACUUUGACGUGACUAAGUAUCUUGGAAGAUGGUAUGAAAUUGAGAAGAUCCCAGUGAGCUUUGAGAAGGGAAAGUGCAUCCAAGCCAACUACUCGCUAAUGGAAACCGGAAAAGUCAAAGUGCUAAACCAGGAGUUGAGAUAUGAUGGAACUGUAAAUCAAAUUGAAGGUGAAGCCACCGUGUACAACCUCUCAGAGCCGGCAAAACUAGGAGUUAAGUUUUCCCAGUUGAUGCCAUCAGCACCAUACUGGGUCCUGGCUACCGACUAUGAGAACUAUGCCCUCGUGUACUCCUGUACCACCAUCAUCUGGCUUUUUCAUUUGGAUCAUGUUUGGAUCUUGGGAAGAAACCCGUAUCUCCCCCAAGAAACUGUGACCUAUCUAAAAAGUAUCCUGACCUCUAAUAACAUCAGUAUUGAGAAAAUGACUAAGACAGAUCAGGAGAACUGCCCCGAGUUCCUGGGAGGAGGCCUUUAAGCGAGGCUGUGUGUAUUCCAGGUUACUUCUUUUGCUUUGCUUUCCUGCUCCCCUUCCCACCCCUCCCCUCGUUAAUACAAAGCAACCAUCCAUGACGAGCUACUGCAAAUACCAGAAGGGACAUUUGAUUGCGGAAACCAAUGGAGGGAAACUCAAGGAAAGUUGGUCCAAGCACUGCCGUGCCCUACCCUGUCA